GUGGCUAAGUGGGAAUCCAGAUCAAGCACAUGAUGCGCAACGAACAUCAUGGUACAAGUUAGCCUCGCUCACUCACCAUUUAACUUUCUCGAAAAUACGAACUAUUCAGAGACUCGCCCUACCGUCAAAUAAUGAGGAGGUUCAAGUCUAAUCGGCGAGUCCGAAUCGACGAUUCUCAGUUGCCUAAGCACGGUGACAUAGACGACGAAUCUGGUCUGAAUGGAAUUGACGAUAAGGGAGAGGAGAGUAGGUUGCGAUUGAAACCAUCGGGGAGCAAUGUUAGCGAUGAUCAAGAGCCAUUCAUGGGAAUCAAGGUUCGAAGAAAAGCCUCUCUUCAUAGAGAUGCAAAAGGAGAUUACCUCGACGUGCCUUCGCGUUCUCACUUGAUGAAGAUUCUGCAAAAACAAGGUGACAACGAAGUUCUCUUUGCUGAUAAAGUUUUGAAAUUCACCGCUUCAGGGAAGAUGAAACGACGAAUAUUACUAAUAACAGACUUUGCCAUUUAUAUUGUUGACCCGGAGACUGAUGCACUUAAACGGCGAAUAGCAUUAGCUGCUGUGGAGAAUAUUUGUUUAAGUGAAUUAAGUGAUAAUUUCUUUGCAAUUAUCAUUCCAACAGAGUAUGAUCUACUUAUGGCAAGUACUCGUAAGACUGAAAUCGUCACCGUGUUAGUUGAAACUAUGAAGAGGACAUCUAACUACGAACUUGAGGUGCUCUUCUCCAAUAGCUUCGAGUAUAAUGCAGCUGCUGAAUUGGUAAAGGAAGUUCAGUUUGAGGAAGUCGAAGGAGGUGUUAAAACAAGAAUUUUGAGGAAGUGAAGCAACCUGUACAUGUCUUCAUAUGUUUGUAGACUACUCAGGGAGGUCAGGAUUUUUACUUGUAAAGCCACAAGAUCAUUAAGGUCCAUUUGUUUCUACUCAGCGUCAAGGCAAAUCCCACUGAAAACUUUUUAGCUUGUAUUAUGUUGUUUUAGUUGAUUUUUUUUUUUCUUUGGGUGUAAUUCUUAUAGUAAAAGAAAGAUACUUUUAAAUUCAAAGCCAAACUCCAUUUGAAUGUAUGAACUGAGAUUAUUUGGAUGUUCAAAGUUAGUAUAAAUUUGUUGUUUGUCCUGAUUCUUUGGAA